AUGGAGCGGCAGGAGAAGCAGAAGAAGAAGUUCCAGGGACCGCCCUCGCCGUUCCUGGCUCCGCCCACCUCGUUCCUGGCUCCGCCGCCUCAGCAUUACCCCCGACCCGGGUUCGGCCCCUGGACGGCGAGACCCGGAGCAGCGUCUGCACCCGCUAGAGUUCCCGCAAGUACCGGGUCCACCAGAGUUCCGGGUCCACCAGAGUUCCGGGUCCACCAGAGUACCGGGUCCACCAGAGUUCCGGGUCCACCAGAGUACCGGGUCCACCAGAGUACCGGGUCCACCAGAGUACCGGGUCCACCAGAGUACCGGGUCCACCAGAGUACUGGGUACCGGGUUCCGGGUCCACCAGAGUUCUGGGUACCGGGUUCCGGGUCCACCAGAGUUCCGGGUCCACCAGAGUACCGGGUCCACCAGAGUUCCGGGUCCACCAGAGUACUGGGUACCGGGUUCCGGGUCCACCAGUUCUGCUUCAAAGGCGAUUAUUCACAAAAACAGCUGCAAGAUUGUCCUCGCUGA